AUGGAGGAGGCGGAGGUGGAGGCCGAUUCAGCAGAUAUUGACGAGCUUCUUCGUGCAGACCUGCAAGCCCUGGUGGAGGCUCCGUUGGAAGGCUCGCGCUCAGGUGGCUCAUUCAGUGACACGUUGCUACGUGGCUACGAUGGUCAGGUGGAUGCCCACAUGGCCUUGCUUGCAGUCCGCUGUCCGGGGCUAGCGGAGAAAGCCAUCUCUCAGCCGAGUGAGCCGACCUGCAGAUUCCUUAUCCAAAUGCCUGAGACCCCGUUGGAAACUCUCCAGAAUGCGGUCUUCUUUCUGUACACCGAUCGCAUCGCGCCACAAGCGCGCGACAAUGUUGGCCAAAUGUUUGCAUUGCUGAGGGUGGCCCGCGACCUGUACCUGCCGGAAAAGAGUGACUCCUCAGCUUCGUCAGGGUGCAAGAGGAGACGCAUAGACACCAGAACGUGUGCUAUGAGACGCUUGUGUAGCCUGUGCGAGCACCGUAUACGUGAGUUGCUGAGCGCAUCGACUGUGAUAGAGAUUCUCUCGUGCUCAGUGAAGCUGGGUGCUACGUUGCUGGAGCACUGCGUGUACGAAUUCUUGAAAACCCUGCCGCCUCGCACGAAGGAUGUAGAUUUCAGCAGGAGCCUCAUCAACACUCUGGGCAAAGACCACCCAGAAGUGCUUGCGAAGGCAAUCUCGGCGACUGCGGGCAACACGCCGGCUUCUGGUCUCUCUGGGGCCGAAGCUCCGGCCGUUCCGGCUCCGUGCCUUCUCCUUCAUCUGCAGUCGCUCUGGCGACAAACUUCAGCACAGGACCAAGCGGGAGAAGACGUGCGCGAGCCUGUAGCAAGGCCUGACUGCAAGCUGAAUUUGGGCCCAGGGAAGGAUUCGCCACCCUGCCAUGUGCUUGCGCACCGUUUCCUUUUGGCAGCGCGAUCGAGGUUUUAUGCUUGCGCACUGAGCUCACCUAUGAGAGAAGCUCAAACUGGAGACAUCUCACUUGGAGUGAUACCUUCGCCCAGUGUCAGCAGUGUGCGGACUUUGCUUAAAUACCUUUACACAGGGAGAUUGGAGAUGAUCGAAGGCACCGAAGGCCAUGACCUGAUGCAAACUGACCUGCUCGACAUGCUUUCAAUCGUCGACGGCCCUGGAGGGCAGAACUAUUUGCAGCUUUCCGAGCAAGUGUGCGAUCUACUCCGGGAUCAGCUGACAGAGCAGAUCAAGGCGAAUCUUCGACAGGACAACAUGUGGAUGGUUCUUCGAAGGGCAACAGCUCAGCGCAAUCGAACCAUCCAGAAGGAGGCAUUAAUGGCAGUGCUGAGCUGUUGUGAGGAGCUCUCACGAGACCAGGAGUUGUUCAGGUGCUGGGGCGAUUGUCCUGUACAGACAGUGGACGCUUGGUGGACGCAGCGCAUGGAGACUGAGCUGCUUCGCGAGAUGCUGAGGUUGAGCUGCACACUCGGUUCUGGAAGACAAGUGCAUCACGACAACUGGGAGCUGGAAGUCGUGCAUCCAGCCCCUGAGGGUGUCGACAACGUAUUCAACCUUCGAGGGAACGGGCACUUGUUGCAGGAGUGGAGCGAUCGUGGGUCUGCGUGCGCGCGCCGUGGUAGCAUCGUCGCCAAGUUCAAGCAUCCCGUCCAUGUGGACUUCGUGACGGUUGCUCCCCUUGACGGUUGGGGUAGUGAAUACUUAAAGAACGCCAGGCUUCAUGUGAAGAAUGCUGAUGGUGUUUGGGAGCGACUUGCAACAGCCACAGGCCGGGUCGAGCAAAUACCUGUAUUCAGACGGGCUACGACGUGGCGUUUACACGGGGACGAGGUUGCUACUGCGGUCCUCAAAUUCCGUAAAGAGCCUGCGCGACCUUGCAGUGAGUUUGAGCAUACGGAGAAGGCGAGGUGCAAAGGAUCCGAUGGCACGUACAAGUUUGUGUACUUCAAGUUUCCUGUCGCGGUCCAUGUAGAUGAUGUGACGGUCCCCGCAGAUCCCAUAUUGACCAGAACGCAACUGCAAGUGAAGAAUGCAGAUGGUCAGUGGGUUGACGUCGGAGCGCAGCUGACAGGGCGAAGCCAGCUUGUUUGGGUCAACAGGGACGGCUACGGGCCUCUUGGACGGGCCGGUUCCCAGACGCCGGUCGAACCUGCGGCAGAGGUUUCUGCAAGUGCCAGCUUCGACGAUGAGGAGGAGGAUGAUGAAGACUGGCGGUAUGGGCCUUUGGGCAGAGCUGGCGUGAUGAAGGACGAGGAGCCUGCAGAUCCCAUGCCAUCUGGAAGCUCGAAAACGGAGGUGUGCACAGACGCGUCUGCGGAACCCCUCCGGCACGAGGAGGUGCGACCCCGCACGAUCUGGGCAUACUGGGCACAGGGCCACGAGCAGAUGCCGGAGUUUUUCCGAAUGUGCGUGGACACUUGGCAGCGAGUCAACCCACACUGGGAUGUGCGAAUUUUGCAGAAGUCGACGGUCAUGGAGUAUCUGACUGAGGACGAGCUGCCCAACCGGUUUAUGGAUAUGACUUCGCACCAGACAGCUUCUGAUGCAGUGCGGCUGGGCGUGCUUUGCCGCUAUGGGGGUGUGUGGAUGGAUGUGAACAUCUUGGUCUGUGGCAGUCUGGACAAGCUGUGCUGGAAUGCCAUAUCGUGGGGGCAGAAGCCGGCGUGUGUUUUCUACCACCCUUCUUAUGGAACUGAAGCUCUUGGCGGUCGCGACUUCGUCGAGAGUUGGUUUCUCGCAACCGGACCACGCAAUCCAUUUUUCAUCCGCUGGAGAGACAUCUUCAAGGGUCAGCCUUUCCGUGUGGUGCGCCGGUUCGAUCGUUUCUUCGUGCUCGGUGCGGAGAUUCAGUUUUGGGCCGUCUCUCAGCACCCCCAUACCAAGCAGGGCUUGGACCUCUCUGGCUUCGAAAAGCUGAACAAGGAUUUCAGUGGGUCAGGAAUGGAGUUUCGAGAAUACCUCGCUAUCCAUGCCAUGUGCCAUCGACUGCUGGAGACGGAGCCGGAGGCACGCCGCCUUUGGCGUGAUCGUUUCAUCCAGGUGAAUGCCGCUGACACAGCAUUCAGACUGCAGAUGGUGGCUCAGGCCAGCAACCUCCACAUGGCGCAGGUUCUCCUGCUGGAGGAUGGGCGUGCGGAGCAGCUCAUCGAGGGAGUGCCGUUGAUCAAAUUUCGCACGCCUGACUAUGGCCCCUUGCUGCAGCUUUCAGCUUUGCAGCUGAAGGACCGGAGACGCAUGUCCUGUCCUGUCGUCGCAGAAUUUGAUGCUGAGUCAGGACGGAAAGCAUCUCCUGGGCCGCCUACUGGAUCCGCCGGAUGCCGCAGAGGGCAAUACCGGCCUCCCCGCUGGCCUGCAAGGAGUUUGCAGGCAAGUCGUCCCCAGCUCGGGGAGCAUGGCCUGCCCGACAAGGGGCUCCGUUCCUGCGGCCAAGGCCAGUGA